CAAAAAGACUGUUUGGAAUUGCCAACAACACCUGUAACGACAACAUAUAUAAGCGUCAGGAAAUUCUACAAAGAAAAAUUCGCACUGGUAGUUGAUCUGAGGGUUGUCGAUGACAACCAUGUCGUUGGAAAUGGAAAAAAGCUUCUCGGCGAUAAUCCUGGAAUUCUUCUGGAAAUCGAAACCGACGGGAUGACCGAAGACAUUCUCUGUAACGUCUUUGUGCUAUCCGAUGGACUUAUAAACAUCAGCGAAAAAACCCUUCAGGGUAUUAAUUACUGA